UGGCUGGAGUGGGAAUCAGCUGUUAGCAAACUAGCGGUCUCAAAUCUGAGCAUUAGACACAUCUUUCUCGUGUCUUUGACGAACGGCUUAUUAGAACCUAUAUUUACUAGGUUUUGGAGAAGAUUCUCUCAGAAGGAACUGAUGUGGCAACAAUACAUAGUCUCCCCUCCAUCACCUUCACCAGGAGUGGAAAGACUGAGGCCUUGGCCUGCCACCAGCUCAGUGGGUCUUCUGCUCUCUGGAUGAGGGGCUCCUCAAGGUAGCUCCUCACCUCCAGGACGGCGCAGACCUCUUUCACCAGCUCCCAUUCCUCUUGGCUUAAUGGCUCAAUAGAUGCGUUGAUGAGGGCCAGGGUGGAGAUGAUGGCAUCUUUUAUUUCAAGCAUUCGUUUCAACAUAUCAAAUGUUGAGUUCCACCUGGUGGCACACUCUUGUUUGGGCCUCAGUUCAGGAAUCCCCAUUUGGCGCUGUGUGGACUUUAGCUUCUGUGCUGCUACUGUGCUUUUGUGGAAAAACUCCACAACAGCCUUCACCUUAUCCACGGUUGUUUUGAUCACCUUCAGAGCAUCUCUAACCACCAGGUUUAGUGUAUGCGCCAGACAUGGGUGAUGGGUCCACUUCAAAACUUUUAUGGCUUUGGUGAUGUUUGCAGCAUUAUCACUCCACACAGCACACCACUUUGUCCUCUACUUGCCACUCUUUUGCCACUCUUAGUAGCUCCACUGCCAAGUUUUCUGCAGUGUGUCUGUCGGUGAACUCGAAGCAGUCCAGAAGGCAAGAUGUCAUCUUGUAAUCUUCAAUAAAGUGGCAAGUGACAGACAUGAAAGAGCAGGUUGUUCUGGAGGUCCAGCAUGCUGGUCGCCAUGCUGGCCAAUCAUAACAGACCUCUGUGAAAGUGAAACCUAAGCAGCGAAUGGGCAAAAAACUGGGAGCCGGCUCUCACUCGAUGCGAGCCGGCUCUUCUGAUUCACUACAAAGAGCCGGCUCUCAGAGCCGAUGCUUGUGCGCAUGACCCAUCACUAUUAGACAUUUCUGUGUAAGGUGAACGGCCAUACCUGGGACAUUUGCUUGGACGAAGGAAUUCGGCAUAUUCUCAGACUGCAAUGCACCGCAAGAAUAGCUAGAUCAAGUGGACCGGCAGAAGUAGCCAGUUAGGAGUAGGCAAUUAGCUGAAGCCUGGAUUAGUGUUAGCCAUAGGGCUAGCUAGCAAUAGCUUGCCAGCUAGCUGCUACUAGCUAGCAAACUACGUCUGGUUUACGAAGACCAGAUUAAUGGUGUUUAACGUUGUAUCGGCUGUCUGGCUGUCUAGCUAGCUAGCUAGCAGUUUAAGACCGAAUGUAACGUGUUGCCAUUAAAUGGUUAAACCAGUGUCCUAGCGUUGCCAGCCUAGAUUAGUUUACAGUGGUCAAGCCUGUAUCUGGCCGACGUAUCAAUGCGCUACUCGCCAUGCCUCUGCGCACACGCCCUGAAAAGGAUAGGGUUUCAGUUGUUCAGUUUGAAUGGUGUGUAGUAGAUAUGAACCCCAAUAUGCGGCUGCUACUCAUGUAUUUAAAAUUGAAUGUUUCAUUUUGAGUCCAGGCAUCACUGACAGAGGUUCUGUCUGUUAUAGACGAGUGAACGGUUUUCUUUCAGUUUUAUAGGGUGUAGUCAGUGGUAGGACUUUAGCCAAUUGUUCAAUCAUGGGGGCUACAGUGUCAUGCUGCAUGUCCCCCGGUGGGAGUCCAAAGCUUGCGAGGAGAGCCGUCGAGCUCGACGACUACCCAAUAACCACCACCGCCGACGACGUAAGCGAGGACACGGGCACCUAUCUGCAGCACAUCAGCGAUAGAGAGGUCCCGGAUGGUAGGUGUACUAUUCGGAUAAGCUGGAGUGGAGGGGUAUGCGUCAUGGUCGCGCCUCUCUGAACAGGCAAGACGCUGCACUACUGAUUGUGCAGUCGUAAUUUUGUUUCAGCUAUUCCAAGAUAUCAUGCGGAGUAUCUAGCAUUGUUUUUGCUUCAUCUAUAGCCUGCGGAGUAUAGUGAGUGUCAUGAUGUCAAGUCACAAGGUGCAUCCCUGGAAGUUGUGAUCUGUAAACAGUCAGUAUCAUACUGUAUCUCACUCUGCCUUUUAAGAUUCAAAUGGUGUAUAUAGUUGGGAUACGUGUGCAUUUCUUGUGGUGUUCAUGUUAUAGGCUAAGUGGCAGGUAGCUUAGUGGGUAAGAGCAUUGUGCCAGGAACCGGAAGGUCGCUGCUUCUAAUCCCGGAGCCGACUAGGUGAAAAAUAUGUAGAUGUGCCCUUAAGCAAGGCACUUAACCUUAAUUGCUCCUGUAAGUCGCUCUGGAUAAGAGAGUCUGCUAAAUGACUAAAAUGUAAAUGUAAGUGUGUAUUUCUUGUUUCUUUCAGAAUUGGCACAGGAGUCCAACCCAUCCGAUAAUGCCAGAGCCAGCACAAUCUUCCUCAACAAGUCACAGACUGAUGGUAAGUGGCAUGGGGAUCUUCAACUUCUCAUGGCUGACCCUCUGGACCAAACAUGGAACGGCGCAGAUAAAAAUGUCAUGAAUAGAGCUGACAUGAUUUCUUAUUCUACAUGUCAGAUGCAUGUUUGUUCUACAUAAUAUAUUUCUAUCUGAACGUCCCACAACGUUGUGAACUGCAGAUCACGUCCCAGGUUUGAUAUGGACAACAAGAGAUUCUGUCUGAUGGUCAGCGUGAGAUAGUUAUUCAACACAUUCAAUUAACUACCUGACCUAAGAUUUGUCUGACUUUUUUUCCUCCAGUGCGGGAGAAAAGGAAAAGUAACUACUUAAGUAAUCACGUGAGUAAAUCCAUCUUUCCAUUCAAGCGUUAGUGUGGCUACCCAUGGACAUCCACUGAUACUUAUGGAGAAAUGUCAGGAAAUGAUGCUAUAUUUUUCCCUGUUUCAUUGACUAACAACUACUCCCUUUUUCUAGAUGUCUCCUGGGUUGCUAUCUAAAAAGUACAGCUCCUGCUCCACAAUAUUCCUUGAUGAUAGCACGGUCAGCCUGCCCAACCUGAAGAGUACGGUCAAAUGGUGAGUGUCCUCCUUACCUUACACACACACACACACACACACACACACACACACACACACACACACACACACACCACGACAGAGGAGAAAAGAGGCCAUCAUUGUAAGGACUCACUGUCUUGUCUCUCUCUGUUCCAGUGUCACGUUGGCUAUAUACUAUCACAUAAAAAACAGGUAGGUUUUAUCUGUGCCAUAUUCAUUUCAUGAGGAAAACUGAGAAAUAUUCAUAUAUUGACGUGGUGAGCUAAAUGGAGGAGUUUUGUGUUGAUGAUUUGUGUGACGACAUAGUAACGUAGUAAUGGAGGUUGUGUUAAUGUAUGAUGACUUAGUAACGUAGUAAUGGAGUUGCUUUAAUGUGUGAUGACCUAGUAAUGGAGGUGUUAAUGUGUGAUGACAUAGUAACAUAGUAAUGGAGGUGUGUUAAUGUGUGAUGACAUAGUAACAUAGUAAUGGAGGUGUGUUAAUGUGUGAUGACAUAGUAACGUAGUAAUGGAAGUGUGUUGAUGAGUUGUGUGAUGACAUAGUAACAUAGUAAUGGAGGUGUGUUGAUGAGUUGUGUGAUGACAUAGUAACAUAAUAAUGGAGUUGUGUUGAUGAGUUGUGUGAUGACAUAGUAACAUAGUAAUGGAGGUGUGUUGAUGAGUUGUGUGAUGACAUAGUAACAUAAUAAUGGAGUUGUGUUGAUGAGUUGUGUGAUGACAUAGUAAUGGAGGUGUGUUGAUGAGUUGUGUGAUGACAUAGUAACAUAGUAAUGGAGGUGUGUUGAUGAGUUGUGUGAUGACAUAGUAACAUAAUAAUGGAGUUGUGUUGAUGAGUUGUGUGAUGACAUAGUAACAUAGUAAUGGAGUUGUGUUGAUGAGUUGUGUGAUGACAUAGUAACAUAGUAAUGGAGGUGUGUUGAUGAGUUGUGUGAUGACAUAGUAACGUAGUAAUGGAGGUGUGUUGAUGACAUAGUAACAUAUUCUGGGAGUGUCUUUCUCUGUGUGUGGGCUUGUAGCAGUAGACUUAACUGUCUUUUCUUUUUUUUUCUCAUCAGGGAUUCAAACCGUUCUCUGGACAUUUUUGAUGAGAAGAUCCACCCAUUAACGGUGAGUAGGUGGAAGUAGAGACUGUAUGUCCCUGUGUGUGUGUGUGUACACACCAAGCCCCCUGUCAGACUGACUGGCGAGGCCUCCUCUUCCUCAGAGGGAGAAGGUUCCAGAAGACUACUACAGCGUGGACCCUGAACACAAGCUCAUCUACCGCUUCGUCCGCACGCUGUUCAGCUCGGCCCAGCUGACCGCUGAGUGUGCCAUCGUCACCCUGGUACGUAUGCCACCAGUCAGUUCACCUAUCACAGGAUACCACCAGUCAGUUCACCUAUCACAGGAUGCCACCAGUCAGUUCACCUAUCACAGGAUACCACCAGUGAGUUCACCUAUCACAGGAUACCACCAGUGAGUUCACCUAUCACAGGAUACCACCAGUCAGUUCACCUAUCACAGGAUACCACCAGUGAGUUCACCUAUCACAGGAUACCACCAGUGAGUUCACCUAUCACAGGAUACCACCAGUCAGUUCACCUAUCACAGGGAGUUUCACUCUGGGCAUGCUCAGUAGGCAAAUGUUGUCAUGUUGAGAGCUGACAUAAGAGAGACUCUUGUUCUACAUGAUAUAUUAUUGUCUCCUGCUGAACACCUGGCCCUGCUAACUGUGGUCCGUCAGUGUGUGUGUGUGUGCCUGUAUGUGUGUUACUGAUUACUGUGUGUGUGUCUGACGAGACUGUGUCUCAUUACUGUGUGUCCAUCCUCUCCCUAGGUGUACCUGGAGCGUCUGCUGACCUAUGCAGAGAUGGACAUCUGUCCAUGCAACUGGAAGCGUAUCGUCCUGGGAGCCAUCCUACUGGCCUCCAAGGUGUGGGACGACCAGGCCGUGUGGAACGUAGACUACUGCCAGAUCCUCAAGGACAUCACCGUGGAGGACAUGUCAGUGUCCCCCUGGCUGCUCACCUUUAAAAGCUCUCCCCCCGAACCCCACCUUUAGGCAUCAGAUCUGAGGUUUGGAUAGGUGUAAGCAAUAGGGCGACCAUUCCAGCUGGCCUGUCAGAGUGCAAGAGGGAGUGACUACCAUCAUCCUUAAACCUAUCCAAUGCUCUCAGAUCUACACAAGUGCUUAGGGCAGGGGUAUUCAACUCUUACCCUACGAGGUCCCGGAGCCUGACAAUUUUCUGUUCUACCUGAUAAUUAAUUGCACCCACCUGGUGUCCCAGGUCUAAAUCAGUCCUUGAUUAGAGGGGAACAAUGAAAAAAAUCAGUGGAACUGGCUUGGAGGUCCACAGUUGAAUUUGAGGGGUGUAGGGGUAGUUUUGGGAUUCAGGCUGUGGGUCUCCUCAGCCGCUGGAGGGUCGUAAGGCUCCCUUUCUUUUUGUUGUUGUUGUACUUUACCAAUUUUUCUCCCCAAUUUCGUGAUAUUCAAUUGGUAGUUACAGUCUUGUCCCAUCGCUGAAACUCCCCUACGGACUCGGGAGAGGCGAAGGUCGAGAGCGUCCUCCGAAACACGACCCCACCAAGCCGCACUGCUUCUUGACACACUACUUGCUUAACCCGGAAGCCAGCCGCAACAAUGUGUCGGAGGAAACACCGUCCAGCUGGCGACCGAAGUCAGCUUGCAGGUGCCCGGCCUGCCACAAGGAGUCGCUAGAGUGCGAUGGGACAAGGAAAUCCCGGCCGGCCAAACCCUCCCCUAACCCGGACGACGCUGGGCCAAUUGUGCGCCGCCUCAUGUGUCUCCCGGCCACGACCGGCUGUGACACAGCCUGGGAUCGAACCAGUGUCUGUAGUGACUCCUUAGACCGCUGCGCCCAUAAGGCCCCCCUUCUUACCACUGUGUGUUUCUUACUGGCUGUAGGACAGGCUACAGGGCUCUUUGUGACAUCCUUGUUCAAAGGACUAUAUUAAUACAAUUUAAUAGAUUGAUGCCUCUGACAAAGGUCUCCAUAGAAAUGUGGAACUUUGCAAGUAAGCACUGUGCAGGAAUGUAUUGUUUUGGCUCACCCAAGAGUGAACUGUGAAUAUCCUCAUAUAAAUCAAUAUUAUGAGGCGCAUAGUUAAAUUGGAACGUUGCAAUGUGGGCCAAAACAGGUUGCUAUCACACAUCUCAUCCGCUCAUGUCUCUCUGCCCAGGUACAUCUCAAAAGUCUAUCCUCGAUUCCUUGCGUCCUCUGUCCUCAAUUUCUCCCCGAGAACUCGCUUCCCGCUGACAUUUUUAAAGGAGAGUAUAGAGGAUAAGACUUCUGAGAUUCACCUCUCUACCCCCCCACAGGAACGAGAUGGAGAGGCACUUCCUGGAGCUGCUUCAGUUCAACAUCAACGUGCCAGCCAGCGUCUACGCCAAGUACUACUUUGACCUGCGCUCCCUGGCCGAUGACAACAACCUCAACUUCCCCCUGGAGCCACUUGACAACCAGCGAGCCACCAAACUGGAGGUGAGGAGAGCUUCUAGUAGAGCAGGAAUACAAACACUACUACUUGGCUAGAGGAGAGCCUUUUAAUGGUAGUCCUGGUUGACUUAGGUCCUGUCCAGAAACAACCCCUACUCCCUAGACACAUAUAGAUAAACAAUUGCAUAGGUGUUAGAAAUAUGGUAGUAGCUCCACUCUGCCUUCUGAUUGGCUAGGGGGAAUUUUCACCAUGUUUCUUAUACCAAUCUACACAAGUGCCUAGUUGGUAGGGGCCAAAGUCUAUGAUCUUUAUGUCCUUAUGAUUGAACUGUUGAGUGGCCUUGGGGUUACAUGUAAUAAGUGUUAUGUUGUUCCCAGGCUAUCUCCAGACUGUGUGAGGACAGAUACAAGGAUCUGGGCAAGGUGACCAUAAGGAAGUCCCUCAGCGCAGACAAUCUUGUGGGUGUCCGAACCACCCACGCUGUGCUGUCGUAA